AUGGGACGGAAACUGGACCUUUCAGGACUGACUGAUGAUGAGGCAGAUCAUGUGCUCAGAGUGGUACGGAGAGAUAUGAGUCUGCGCAAGAAAGAGGAGGAUCGCCUCAGUGAUUUGAAGCAUGAGCUGGAGGAGGAGGGCGCACGCUGUCUGCUGCUGGCCAAGCAGCGCGGCUUUAAUGAGCAAUGCUGCAUUCGCUGCUGUGGGCCAUUCGGCUUCUUUCUCAAGCCACGCCGUGUCUGCCUCAACUGUCGCUACAACGUUUGCAAAGCCUGCUGCUCCUACAGCCAACAAGAGAAUGGCUAUGUCUGUACCUUUUGCCACAAGAGCAGGGUCCUGAGGGCCCAGUCUUUGGAGUGGUAUUAUAACAAUGUCAAGAGUCGCUUUAAGAGGUUUGGCAGCGCUAAAGUCUUCAAGACCCUCUACAGGAAGCACAUUAUUGAGAGAGGAGCAUUGUCAGAGUUGGCAGAGAUGAGCGCUCCCGAAGGUAGCAAUGAUAACGAUGGGACUGUGUGUGGCAGUGAUUCGGCAUUCUCCAAGCAAAGUGAAAGUCACACCAUAGCAGAGACUCUCACUGUUGCCCUACGUGUUGCUGAAGAGGCCAUAGAGGAAGCAAUCACUAAAGCAGAGGGCUACAGGGACAGUCUGGAGAAGCAGAAUGAGGCUCGAUAUCUGCGUGAUCAUCGAGAGGAACUCGUAGAGGAACUUGCAGCCACAAUUAUUCAGAAAAUAAUUCAGAGGGGGAAGCAGCGCUCAGAGAUGCAGGCAGAGUAUGAUUUUGUUUGGUCUCAGACUCACAACAGUGACCUGCCCUCCCCUACCUCAUCCCAAAAUCCGCUCUGCUCCAGACCAUCUCACAAGACCUCCUCUCCUUCUUCACUAGUCCAGGCUGAUGGAAGUGGUAGGUCCCUAUCAGCAUUAUCCCUGACUAGUGAUGAGUCCACAGGCAAAAUGCCUGAAGCAGACAAGGUGUCUGAAGCUGCAGAACCAGAGCGAAAUCUUGAGAUUUACUCAUCAUUGCAGAGAGAGUCACGAGCAUCCAUACUGGGGUGGAAAAAUGUGGACCGUCUGGACAACACCAGUGCUUCCUCUGUGCUACAGUCUCCGGAUGGGAACUGGAUUGCCUUGCAGGCUUCCCAGCAUUCCCGGCCAAGCCUGCUAACCAAACGUAAGAGCUUGGUGUUCAGUGUGCUAGAAAAGGAGUCUGGCGUGGUUUCAGCAUACGACGAGAUGGGGUCAGAUUCAGAGGAUGGAGCAGAACUUGAUAGCUGGGGACUUGCACUACUACAAUUCCGCCAGCGUCUCUCAGAAGAAACACGUUCUUUGGAUGCUCAACGCAACACAGAGCACUAUCCACCAAUAACCUCACCCUCCUCGGGCCAUUUCACCAACACAGAGACCUUAAACUCAGAUUCUGAGAACUCUACAGCUCCCCCUACUCGAACACACAUCCCUGUUCUUAAUGUCACCCAGAGAAACAAAGUUUCACCUGAACCCUACCUUCCCUACAAGCUCUAUGAGCACGACAGACCUGCUGAUAGUCUGUCACAUUCACCAAGGCUUGGUGCAAUGGAUGUGAACUUUAAUCCUCAGGUGGUUGGGGACAGCAGUGAUGGGGAGGAGAAAGCCGAGCAGAUCCGAAGGUUCCGGCGUAAGAAGCGGAACAAACACGAGUCAGCUGAGCAGAGCUGUGUCCAUAGUGGACUGUACACAGGGGAGAACAGCACUCUCCUGCUCAGCACCAUGAUGAUGAAACGACAAGAUAGCCAAGAGACUCUGUCAUCUCUUCCACCUCCCACCUAUGAAUCUCCAGAUACUGUGACACCACCCAACCGUGUGACCUCCACUGCCAUGACCCCUGAAUCUGUGUACCAGAACACAGUAGCCUAUAACCCUGUGCUCCCCAGUCCACCGAUGCAUAACCAAUCUGAAAAUGCCACCCUGGACCAUGAACUGAGAUCAAAACUCUAUGAACUGGUUCAUCAAAUCAGUAAGGAGGACCUGACCUCAUCAGAUGAUGAGCCAAUCCAAAAAGUCAUUGAUCGGCGCUAUGAUGGAGCGAGGGAGAAAGAAAAUGAUAGAGUAAGACACAGAAAGAGAAAUAAUGAGGCACAGAAAGAGAGUAAUGGCAAAACAGAGAUGGAGAGGAAUAAAAGGAAAAUGGAGAGACUGAGUGAAAGAUGGAUAGAAAGACAGGUUAGAAGAGAGUGUGAGGAAAUUGAUGUGGUGAGGCAGCGACAUAAAGAGAGGGAUCAGAAAAGAGAAGGAAAUGAUGAACUAGUGAGACGAAUGGAAAAACACCAAAAUUUGGACAGACAACAAAAAACAGAGAGUCAAAGACAAGUCGAAAGGAAUUGGCAAGUCAGACAAGUGGAGACAGAAAGUGAGAAUGAAAGAGAAGCAGAAAAAAUGAAGCCGGUAGAAACAGAGCCACAUAUGCUAGCUCGAGUCAAUGGGCUUAGCAUGAGAAGAGAUCUACAAGAGAAUGAAACACAGCAAGUGACGAUAAAUACUGAGAAAGCCAAAGAUGGCUGGGUUGAUAUAAAGAAGAGUGUGGAAGAAGAACACAGUGAGAAAGGACUUUAUUUGACCGAGGAGAAGGUAAAUCAAGGGUUGCGACAGAGAAGCAACUCAGAGAGAGAAUCUGAAAAAAGAGCAGAACCGCACAACCACAGUGCCCCGAUUGACCCGGAGGAGCAAAUGUCUCAAACAGAGAAGUAUCCAGCCGCUUCCCUAUGCAGCAUCACCACAGAGGUUCUGAAGGUCCUAAAUGCCACAGAGGAAUUAAUCGGAGAAGCUGAAGGCAAAGGUCAUGACCCCCACGAGUCCCCAACUGGGACACCACUCUCUUCUGGAUCAGACAGCAGAAAACUGGACCAGGAUCUUACCAAGAUGGAAGAGAAUGUAUACUUGGCUGCAGGAACUGUGUAUGGCCUGGAGGGGGCACUGAGUGAUCUGGAGGACUGCGCUCGCAGCAUCAGCAGUUCCACGACUGAAACAGAAUUGGCCUUCCUGGAGGAUCAGGUGGCCAAUGCGGCUGCUCAAGUGCAGCAGUCUGAGCUACAGAUCUCAGACAUUGAAGCAAGAAUAUCAGCACUUAAAAAUGCUGGCCUGAAUGUGUCAGUGUGCCCACGAUUUCCCAGGCUCAAGGAAAUUCCUGUACCUCAGACUUUGGAUUCCUCACGUCAGCAGAGAAGAAAGCUGCCCGCUCCACCUUCCAUAGAAAAGUCAGAGGCAGAGUCGAGAUCUUUGGAGCCAUGACAAUAACAGACACAAUCUCCAUCCUGGUCUGUGAACCUCAACCUCAUCUAGCUCCACCUUAUGAUUUCCACCAACUGAUCACCAGGCCCACCCCAGUGCCUUGUUCCAAAUAUAUCUGUUCCUAUACAGCUCCUCAGCUAUCCUCCAGUCUCACAAAAAGAUCCAAAUGAACAAGAGGGAUUUUAUGAGAUUCCAUAUAAAUUAAGUUCCCACUCCAUCCCUCACCCAUCUGCCUGAAGCAUUUUGGGAUUUGCAAUGUUUUCUUGGUGUGAACUCUUCCUCUCUUGAGUUUCAAUCCAGAGCACCUGAACAUUCAUAAUGAAACAAUGGAGUUUUAUUACACUUCCGUGCUCCAUGUCCCAGAGACUUGCUCUGUUUUUUUCUGCCUUAAAGGAGUCUACACUCCUCUACAAAUCAUCACAG